CGACCUGAAAGCAGUCGCUCGCUUCAAAAGAAUCGAAGCAAAGAUGGACUCCUGAGAAAUUUUUAUAUACAGCAGUCCUCGUUCGACUUUGGAAUACUACGCUGUACUCGGUCGUUAAAUCUCUAUCCGGUGGACGCCCGGGGGGGCCGACGUUCUUUUAUGACCACGCUCCCGGUGUGAACGAUGAUCGUGCAGGAACCAGUGCAGGCGGCCAUAUGGCAUUGUUUGAAUCAUUAUGCCUAUCCAGAUGCUAUAUUCUUGGCAGAAAGGCUGUGUGCAGAAGUGGACACGGAGGAAAGUUUAUUUCUUUUGGCAACAUGUUACUAUCGUUCUGGUCGGAUUAGACAAGCUUACGCCUUAUUAUCUCAGAAAGCACCUAGUUCGGCACAAUGUAGGUUUUUACUAGCAAAAUGUUGUUACGAUCUGGAAAAAUAUGCCGAAGCAGAAGCUGCGAUAAUCGGCGGAUAUUACAAGCAGUUGAAGAGUUUGGAAGAGAUAAUAAGUCAAUUUGGGGAACAGGCAUGUUUUUCUCUACAGAUAAUAGCAAAGAUUUAUUACAAGAUGAUGCGUACUGCGAGAGGCAACGAAGCGCAUAAGUUAGCUUUAAAGAUGAAUCCUUUCCUCUGGCAUUCGUUCGAAGAACUCUGUAAUGUCGGUGAGAAGGUGGACCCUGCCAAGAUUUUUCAAGUAGACAAACUAGAUUCCUUUGCCAUGUGCCAUGGUACUGCAUCUACGCUCAGCUAUGUCACUGAACCGGAUCUUAUUGUACCUGGAAAUAAUGGCAACAGUACACCUAUAUCAAAUGGCACUAACUUGACACCAGUAAUGGCACCGACGCUGAUAAAUGGCGGUCAGGUACGCUUGUGUUCCUCUGCAGAGGACACUCCGCAAAAUGGACCAGUUCAUUAUAAUUGUACUUCGAUAUCGCCGAGAAUCAAACUAUCGCGUUAUCGAAGCAUGUUCAGCAAUUCUAUGAGUCCCCUCACGCCUAGUUUUGGUAUUUUGCCACUGGAAAGUAAUACACCUGAGCCGACUGUUCCACCAUCACACACGACGCUCAUGGAGGCUAACGAUCAAAAGAGUCUGGCAAAACGCGUCAGUAGUCUGAGAGCUCAUGUGGGACAAUUAAUGUCGAGGAAAGAGACACCACUACAACAAGGCAAGUCAGUAUUUUCCCAAUCGGGUAAUGCAAGCAAUACUGCCAAUAUUGUGACAGUGACAGCCGCUAAUCCGACUUCACCUCCGUCACCAACGUUUCAGAGUACCAAUGUUAGACGUUCGUCGCGACUCUUCAGUCAUAAUUCAGUAAAAGAGAACAAUAAGUCACCUAAUAGGAAUAAAUUUGCAACUCCAAAAUCUCCAUCUCGGAAGACGAAAGCGAGACUUGCUAAAACGAAUUUGAACAAGACCAACUUCAAUGAGUUAAACGAAAGAAAUAGGAACGAAAAAGAGAAAAACGAAACGAUCACGUCGGAAAAAGCAGUGGCUAAUGCAAACGCGCUUAACGCCCAAAGUAAUAAUAUUCAUUCUGGAAUAACAUUACAAAAGCAAUCAGCGGAAGGAUUGAUGUCUCUGUUACGAGAAUUAGGGACAGCAUAUCAGCACUUGAGUCAGUUUAAAUGUAUGCAAGCUAUUGAGAUUUUAAGUAUACUGCCGACACAGCAUUAUAAUACUGGUUGGGUACUUUCUAUGUUGGCUCGUGCACAUUUUGAAAUGAUGAAUUAUAAAAAGGCUGCUAGUUAUUUUGCGGAAGUGCGACAGUUAGAACCACAGAGGACAGAAUUGAUGGAGAUUUAUAGUACUGUCCUUUGGCAUCUGCAUGCGGAAGUGCAAUUAUCUACACUUGCUCAAGAUCUAGUUUCUCAGGAUCGUAAUUCGGCAGCAGCAUGGUGCGCCACGGGUAAUCUCUUCUCAGCACAAACAGAACAUGAAACGGCGAUCAAAUUUUUUCAAAGAGCCAUUCAGGUGGAUCCUAAUUUUCCAUAUGCCUAUACAUUAUUAGGACAUGAAUAUGUUUUGACUGAGGAACUAGAUAAGGCAAUUACUGCUUUCCGUAACGCCAUCAGACUUGAUCCCAGACAUUACAAUGCGUGGUUCGGAUUAGGAACGAUAUUUUCAAAACAGGAACAAUACAGUUUAGCAGAGUUACACUUUAAACGGGCCUUACAAAUAAAUCCGCAGAAUUCUGCACUAAUGUGCCACAUAGGUGUUGUGCAACAUGCUCUAAAGAAAACCGACCAGGCAUUAAAGACUUUGAAUACCGCGCUAAUUAACGAUCCAGAUAAUACUUUGUGCAAAUUUCAUCGCGCGAGCAUCAAUUUUUCUAUUGGUCGGCACAUGGAAGCUCUUAGAGAGUUUGAAGAACUAAAGAAUAUUAUACCCAAAGAAUCUCUAGUCUAUUAUUCGAUAGGAAAGGUACAUAAAAAAUUAGGCAAUACCCAUCUCGCGUUAAUGUACUUUAGUUGGGCGACAGAUUUAGAUCCAAAAGGUGUUAAUAGUCAAAUUAAGGAGGCUAUACUAAGUCCCGGUCAAGGAGAUGACGAUUCUCCACCAACACAAUCAAUUAUUAUAGCAGAUGAGCAGCAAGCACAAAAUAAUUCAAUGGAACAGGACAUCGAAACGAAUAGGGAAGGAAGCACUGCGCCUCUUGCUGGAAAUGUCUCCGUCGAGCCUCACGGUGAUGACAGCGACGAUAGUUUAUGAAAACAAUAUAUGAGACUUCCGUGAAAAAAAACGAAGCAUUAUUAUCUUCGUUAUGGGUCGAAUUACUUGUUCAUCGGCCUUUGCUUGCAAAAUCGAUAAAAUUAUUGAUGCGCUAUCAUUGGUUUAAAUCGAGUAGUUUUCGAUUUUUUUCGAAAGCUGCAAAUUGUCUGUGCGCGAUGUGAUUAGGUUAAAAGAAAUUAUAUUAUCCUCCUUGCGUCAUCAAAUUUCUUUUUGGUAUCUUGCACGAAAUUCGUGUAAGUUCUUAUAUAUAUGUAUAUGAAUGCGGCUCUUGCGACAAUAGAAAACUUGUGUAUCGUAUCCUUCAUCAACUUGUACAUUACGCGUUUGCCUCUGUAUAUUUUUUUUACGGUUGCUCGAUCGCCUUUUAUAUUUCUUCUUACUUCAAUCGUUGUUCCCUCUUGUGCCUCGUUUCGUUGCGCAUCAAAUUCAAUUCAUUUUAAGUCUGAUGACGAAAGUCCACGAAAUUUUGAUUUGAACAAGAUUGGAUCGAAAUAAGAGCUAAGUAUACACAUAAUAUCCAGAUUUUUUUUCAUCUUACGGAGACGAGGUAUUAGAGAUUCACGGUUGAGUAGAAACUAUCACGUCGUAAAAAGAAAUGAACGAAUGUAACCGUAAGCAUGUCUUGUACGUAGUUAGGUGAUGUAAUUAAUUAAUCGUUUUCGAGUAAGAGAGGGAAGAGAGUCUUGUGUAAAUGUAAAUUAUUAUUACUGUGUAUUUACCGCUAUUAUUACUACUACAAUUAGUGCUAUUAUUACUAUUAUUAUUCGUAUGAUUAUCAUUGUUGAUUUAUAUAGUGAUUGUGGAGAUAUAUCGUCGGUUGCUCGGCGUCGGAGCGGCCACUGGACGAUCGUGCAAUUCUCAUCGUGAAAUAAGAUCCAUUAAUCGAUCGAACAUGAAUUCGCGACUGCAAUUUCGGCGAAUCGAUAAUCGUGCGAUUAAAUUAUUCGAUUUCGACUUCGAUGCCGAAAUUAGCAUAACCCGCGCAAAUGUCUAUAUAUAUAUAGAGAAACGCUCGUCGAAUUAUAUUCUUAAUAGUGCUGGACAGAAUUUAUGACGUUUAUUGGCAUCGUUCUUCGUUAUCGAUAUUAGGUGUACAAUGCAAACUGUCAAUUCCGAAUUUCCCGGAAUAAAGAUCGUUACGUGUUAUUCCUGGAAGAACAUAGCGUAUAUAAGUACGUUCGUCUCUCUAAUUUCAAGCGGAUUGAGUUACGAUCGUAACGCAUGUUAUCACGCGUAACUGUAACGCUUUAUAUUGUACACGUAAUUAAACGAAAAACUCGUCACGAAAAAAGAAGGAACAGAGAAAAGCUAAUUGUACUGACUGAGAAAUACGUCUGUGUGAUACAA